GUCCAUUAGAGCAUAUGACGCCGUUACUAGAACUGUACACUUUUAUUGACAUAAGAUUUUGUCAGUAAUUUGUUUGAUUUUAAUAAUUUUCAAGUGUUUUAUUUAUAAUCAAAAUUUAAACGAGUUGAAUUUGUAUCAUUUCACUUUAAACUCUUACAAACGACUGUUGUCUUUAAAGAAUCGUAAAAUUCACCUUCAAUUUUUGAUGUGCAAGCAUUGAAGUCCACUUGAUUUCAAUCGUUAGUCUUUAAUAAUUAACACAUUUUUCAUCCAUUUUCCCAAUUAUAUUUAAAAACAAAAAUGAGUGAGGAACAAAUAAAGGAACCUACACAAAAUGUUGAGAUGUCGUCUAAUGAUAUUGAGAAAAUCGAGGAGGCGAAAUUGAAAGCGAAAUUUCCCAAUGGUUUACACAAACCAAUUGGUGGACAUUCGGCUUUUCUUCAAAAACGAUUAGCCAAAGGGCAAAAGUAUUUUGACUCUGGAGAUUAUCAAAUGGCAAAACAAAAGACAGCAAAACCAAAACCCGCUGGAGUUUUGCCAACCGGAGACGCCAUACCAACACCUGAAUCCGUACCACAAAGAAAAACAUCAAUUAUUCAACAGAAAUUCAAUACGUCGACGACCUCUUAAAGUCUCCAUUUUCUUUUUCUAUUUGUUUAUGAUUAGGAUUCUUUUUUUUUUGUUACAAAUUGAUGCCCGGUGUGUUAAGAAGAUUUUUGGAAAGGUACGACUUGAUCAACGUAUGAUUUAAAGGCAUGUGGGUAUUCUUUUUUUUAUAUAAAACUCAUAAUACGCUUCUCGA